GGUGAAGGACGCGUCCGUUCGAUCUAGUUCUUGAUCUCCUGAUGAUAGAAAGAGGCGACGGUGGUGGAGUGGCUGGCAAUGGCGUAGGAGGUAGAUUAGUUUAGUUCCAACUCGAAAAGCGACCUCCUUUCCUCUUUUACUCCCCUCUCCAUCACUUCCUCUCGGAGCCGAUCUCAAGCUUCCAUCUUUACUGGCCGUCUGGAUGUCGAACGUGGGAUUUCGUGAUGUUUUUGAACUAAGGGGCGCAGUUCCGCAGCGAAGAGGCUAGUUAGCGAUCAAAGGCAUAUGCUUGAUAAGCUAGGCAGGCUGCAUUUCCCGGUAUCAGAUUGAUGAUUCGGUGUUUUUCUCUGGUUGUCAGAUCGAUUACAAACGCAAGAUCUGAUUUUUAUUAGCUUUUCUUUGCACAAGUAUCCAUGUUGUUAGUGUUUAAACGUGGAUUUCCGAGAUCCCAUUUCAGUAUAUAGGCAUAAAUACAACGCCAAUUUCCAGCCUUAGUGUGGAUAAUUUUCCAUAUCUCAGUUUUCUUGCUUAUGAAUUUUCUGGGUAAACAGGAAUCCGAAGCUUCUCAUAAUUGGGAAAUAGGUUUAUUCUUGUUUGGGCACUCAGAGAUCUGUCACAAGACCGGCCUGAAUUGAUCUCCAGGAUGCCUGAAAGCACCUCAGAGCAAGAAUUCAAGAAACGAGUAGUAGAUGCGGAAUUGCAGGGAGAAGAAGAGCAAGAGUGUCAAAUGAAAAGGAAGAAGUUGCUUCAGCAUCAUGCCACCAGUAAUACCAAAGAAGCAAAGCAGCAUCUUGAUACUGAGUACCUGGAUCCGACAAACUAUUUUGAUCAGCUCCCCUUGGAUUUAGUAAUUAGUUGUUUGGUGAACCUUCCACCAUCUAAUUAUGGCACAGUCGCACGCAUCAACUGUGCUUUCCGAUCAAUUAUUCAGAGUGGGGAGGUCUAUAGGCUUCGUCCACAGCAGGGAAACAACUGGAUUUUUUUCUCAUGCAAUGCCCUGGAAUGGGAAGCAUAUGAUCCCGAUAAAGGAAAUUGGUUAAGUGUGCCUAAAAUGCCUUCAAGCCCUACAGACACCUUUAGAUUCUCGGAUAAAGAGUCGCUUGCUGUGGGCACUGAGCUACUUGUGUUUGGUAAGGAGUGGAACUCCUACACUGUGCUCAAGUAUAGCAUUUUGACCAACUCAUGGUCUCCCGGAGUCCUAAUGAAUUCAGCUAGGUGUUUGUUUGGAUCUGCUAGUCUUGGAGGGAAAGCUAUUGUAGCCGGUGGUACCAAUGGCAAUUCAGUUUUGUGCUCUGCAGAGCUCUAUGACUCUGAGACUCAGACAUGGGAAACCUUGCCUGCAAUGAAUAAAGCGAGGAAGAUGUGUUCAGGUGUAUUCAUGAAUGGAAAGUUUUAUGUCAUUGGUGGAAUAACCAACAAUAACAAAGUCUUGACAUGUGGAGAAGAAUAUGAUUUGAAGCAUCAUUCUUGGCGCUUAAUUCCUAACAUGUCUGUUGGUCUUAAUGGUGCAAAUGGUGCGCCCCCACUCGUAGCUGUGGUGAACGAUGAGCUUUAUGCUGUUCAUUAUGCCAAUAAGGAGGUAAUGAAGUACAACAUGGAGAUAGAUACAUGGUCAACAUUGGGAAAGUUCCCGGAAAGGUUUGUUUCAAUGAAUGGUUGGGGCCUUGCAUUCAGAGCAUGUGGCGAUCGGCUCAUUGUUAUUGUUGGGCAGCAAGGAACUCACCCAGGAGCAGUUGAGCUAAAUUCUUGGAUUCCGACUGGGGGUCCACCUCAAUGGAACACUAUUGCUACCAAUCAUUCAGGAAAGUUUGUUUAUAACUGUGCCAUCAUGAACUCCUGAUUGUAUUAUCUACAACAAGGUGAUUUUACUUUCAUAUGAGAAAGAUUUGUACCAGUACUAGCUUUUAAGAGGUGAAUAGAAUGCUUAAUUCAACAAUGGAUAGAUAGUACUUGUCUUCCCUUAAAAUUCAAACUUCAAUUGAAUUGAUGGUCCGACAAUUAUGUAAGUUUUGAUCUUUGUCAUUUUGCAUUAUUUUUCACCUCUUUCCUUUAUUGUA